GCCCAGCUGCUGCUCUAUAGUAUUUCCCACAAUAACAUCCCAGGUGGACACACUGACCGGUGUCAUUUUGUCUCUGACACCUCCACUCCUCUCUUUCUGUCGGUCGUCCCCCCGGCACCCGGACAGGACUGAGGACCAGCACCCUCUGGUUUCAGGGCUGGGAAGUCAGACAUGAGGAUCAGAGAAGGUCCAGUAAAAAUGUACAAAUUGUUAGCAGAGCUGACGGUCCUGCUGGGAGUUGUAGGUUUGACCUAUGGUGCAGUUCAGAGACCUGAUUAUGACGACACGCCAAACCCAGAGUUCCUCAACCCAUCCUGGAUGGCCAGCAUCCCUGAUGACCAGCCGCUGUCUGAGGUCACCAUGCCUGGGACCCACAACACCAUGGCCGUGUUUGGAGGCGUGUAUGCCGAGUGCCAGACCUGGAGCCUGGCCUCCCAGCUCCGUGCCGGGGUUCGCUUCCUAGACAUCCGUGUGCGUCACGUCAGGGGGAACCUCACCAUCCACCACGGGGUGUCCUACCAGCGGGCACACUUUGGGCAUGUCCUGGAGGGUGUGGUCGAUUUCCUUCAAGAGUACCCGAGUGAGACGGUGCUGAUGCGUUUGAGGGAGGAGUUCAGCGAGACGGGUGACAUCUACGGUGCCGUGGUCGACUACAUCCACCGCUACGCUCACUGGGACCUGCUGUGGCACAGUCGACUUGUGCCGACCAUGGGGGAGGCCCGAGGCAAACUUAUCAUCAUGCAAGAGUUUUCUGGGCCAGACCUGGGGAUGCGCUAUGGUUCAAUGGACAUAGCUGACGACUGGAAGGUACCGACGCUCAUGCAUGUGGAAAGUAAAUGGCAGAGUGUCUAUAAUCACUUGGAGGCUGCACCUACAGGAAACAAAGCGCAGAUUUUUCUCACCUUCAGCAGUGGAGCUGGUGUGUUUGCACAUCCCAGAGCCGUCGCUCAGUGCAUCAUGCCACAGCUGUACAACUACCUGAAGGCCAAGACGGGCCAGAACCUGCGCUUUGGAAUCAUCUGCAUGGACUUCCCUGCUGCUCCACUGAUUCAAAUGAUCAUUGACUUCCAACUAACACAGGUCAAAAAGAGAAGACAGGCCCCUAUUCAAAUUCCUAGCAAGGCUGGUUUUAAAUAUACAACUACUUCACUUAAAAAGAAAAUGAUCAAACAUUUUACUGCUAAUGUCUGAAUUAGAAUGGAGUUUUAGCUCAGAUUUAACCUCACUAAAAAGAACAUGAAACUUCUCAAUGGGUCAUUUACAAGACAUGGAAACAAAGAAAUGGUCACAUAAAAAUAAAUCAAACGGCUGCAUAUGAGGUUUUGUGCAGUAAUAAACUACUGUGGAAACUUC